AUGGGAAUCUGUGCAGCCAUAGAGCACAAAACCAAGGUGCUAGAAGUGUAUGGGGAUUCCGCGCUGGUGAUCUAUCAGCUCAAAGGUGAAUGGGAAACAAGAGACCCAAAGUUGAUCAACUAUCGAAAGCUAGUUCUGGAAUUAAUUGAGGUGUUUGACGAUAUCACUUUCUGUUACCUCCCGCGAGACGAAAACCAAAUGGCUGAUACCUUGGCUACGUUAGCUUCUAUGAUCAGAGUAAAUAAACGAGAGGAUAUGAAGCCGAUCCAGAUGAGUAUUUGUGAGGCUCCAGCUCAUUGUUACAAUAUCGGCGAAGAAGAGAAGACAGAUAAUCAUCUUUGGUAUCACAAUAUUCUACGAUAUGUGAAGAACCGUGAAUACCCUGAUCAGGCAACUGAAAAUAAUAAGAGAAAGUUGAUGAGGCUGACCAAUGACUAUGUCUUAGACGGAGAGAUCCUAUAUAAAAAGAGGAAGGAUCAGGUGCUGCUAAGAUGUGUUGACGCCGUUGAAGUUAAGAAAAUCCUAGAAGAAGUCCAUGAAGGUGUCUGCGGGACGCAUGUCAAUGGGUUCACAAUGGCCAGAAAAAUCAUGAGAUUCGGGUAUUACUGGUCCAUGAUGGAAAGAGAUUCCAUGGCCUUUCUCAAUGUAGGGCAUGGACGUCAUUGGGCCGAUUUUGCCGAAGGCUUCUAA